CCGCAGAAGGCUCCAUCCUUCUGAAGGAUAGACAGGGCGGAGCUCUGAAGACCAGGAAGACCCUCCCAGAAGAGGUUGGAGGGAAGCCGGAAGUCUUGGAGCUGUGAUCUGGCUGUGUGCCCCUUGGGUCGUCCUCCCUUCCCGCGGAACGCUUAUGGCUUUGUCUUCUGGAAACCAGAACCUCGUGAGUGCAUCACCCAGUUCCCAAAGAUGUGAUCUCUUAUUUAAGCAAAGGGAAACAAUCUGAAUGCUGGACCAAGAAGGCCUGAGGAGCUGCUCUCCAGAGCAAGAGAUCAGACUUGAAAUGAAGGACACUACUGAGGACAUAAACCUUUCUGUGAUAGAACUUCACAGGCCAAGAUCCCUAAGUCCCUAUGACUUUACUUGGAGAGAAAUCUGUGCUACACAUGAGAAAAUCCACACUAGCAAGAAAUCUUAUGAAUGUAACCAAUGUGGAAAGAGUUUUAGAAAAAGGAGAGCUCUUACUAUACAUCAGAGAAUCCACUUUGAAGAAAAACCUUAUGAGUGUAACCAGUGUGGAAAGGCUUUUAUAAAAAGACAAACUCUUACUGAACAUCAGAGAAUCCACUCUGGGGAGAAACCUUAUGAAUGUAACCAGUGUGGAAAGGGUUUUAAAAAAAGGAGAGCUCUUACUAUACAUCAGAGAAUCCACUCUGAGGAGAAACCUUAUGAGUGUAACCAGUGUGGAAAGGCUUUUAUAAAAAGACAAACUCUUACUGAACAUCAGAGAAUCCACACUGGGGAGAAACCUUAUGAAUGUAACCAGUGUGGAAAGGCUUUUAGAAAAAGGGGAGCUCUUAAUGUACAUCAGAGAACCCACACUGGGGAGAAGCCUUAUGAAUGUAACCAAUGCGGAAAGACUUUUAGAUAUAAGAGAAGUCUUUAUGGACAUCAGAGAAUCCACACUGGGGAGAAACCUUAUGAAUGUAAUCAGUGUGGAAAGGCUUUUAGACAACAACAAUCUCUCACUUUACAUCAAAGAAUCCACACUGGAGAGAAACCUUAUGAAUGUAGCCAGUGUGGAAAGACUUUCAGCUAUAAGAAAUCACUUACUGUACAUCAGAGAAUCCACACUGGGGAGAAACCUUAUGAAUGUAACCAGUGUGGAAAGGCUUUUACAACAAAAGAAUCUCUUACUAUACAUCAGAGAAUCCACACUGGGGAGAAACCUUAUGAAUGUAACCAGUGUGGAAAGGCUUUUAUACAAAAGGGAGAUCUUACUGUACAUCAGAGAAUCCACACUGGGGAGAAACCUUAUGAAUGUAACCAGUGUGGAAAGACUUUCAGCUAUAAGGAAUCACUUACUGUACACCAGAGAAUCCACACAGGGGAGAAGCCUUAUCAAUGUAUCCAGUGUGGAAAGACUUUUAGACAAAGGGAAUCUCUUACUGUACAUCUAAGAAUCGAUAUGGCAGAGAAGCCUUAUGAAUAUAACCAAUACGGAGAGACUUUUACAGUUAAGAGAAGUCUUUAUGAACAUCAGAGAAGCCACAAUGGAGAGAAAUGUUAUGACUUGGUGACAUUCAGGGAUGUGGCUGUGGACUUCACCCAGGAGGAGUGGGGCCUCUUGGACCCUCCUCAGAGGGAGUUGUACAAGGAGGUCAUGCUGGAGAAUGCUCGGAACCUGCUCUCUCUAGGUCUUCCUGUUCCCAGAGAAGAUGUGAUCUCUUAUUUUAAGCAGAGGGAAGCCCCCUGGAAGCUGGAUGAAGAAGGCCUGAGGAGCUGCUCUCCAGAGCAGAAGAUCAGACCUGAAAUGAAGGAUACUACAGAGGAGAUAAGCCUUUCUGUGGUAGAACCUCACAGGCCACCAUCCAUAAGUCCCUGUGAUUUUACCUGGACAGAAAUCUGUGCUCCGCAUGAGAAAAUCCACAAUGGCAAGAAACCUUAUGAGUGUAAUCAAUGUGGAAAGGGUUUUAGGAAAAAGGGAACCCUUACAGUACACCAGAGAAUCCAUACUGGAGAGAAACCUUAUGAGUGUAACCAGUGUGGAAAGGCUUUUACUGAAAGGAAAACUCUUACUGGACAUCAGAGAAUCCACACUGGGGAGAAACCUUAUCAAUGUAACCAGUGUGGAAAGGCUUUUAGACAAAAGGGAGAUCUUACUGUACAUCAGAGAAUCCACAGUGGAGAGAAACCUUAUCAAUGUAACCAAUGUGGAAAGACUUUUAGACAAAAGGGAAAUCUUAGUAAACAUCAAAGAAGCCAUGCUGGGGAGAAACCUUAUGAAUGUAACCAAUGUGGAAAGGGUUUUUAAGGGAAGUUUUAUUGGACGUUAGAUCAGCCACACUGGAGAGAAAUAUUAUAUAAAUAAUGAAUAUGGAAAGGGUUUGGUAGAAAAUACUGAUUGGUUUUUGCCAGAUUUGUGAGGAAAUGUAAAUGCAUUAAAGUAAGGAGGAAAAUGAAUUUGGUAGAUAACAUUGGGAGAGAUCAGUCUACAGAAGUCUAUCAGAUUCCUUGUAUCCCUUCUAUCACAAUUUCCUUGAUGAAGAACUGCUGUGGUGCCUCUUUUUGUAGCAAAAAACUGAUAUUUCCAAGGGUUUUUGAGUGACUCUUUCAACCACAUUGGAUAAAGCCAGUUCAAUCUGUCUCAAAGUCUCUUGAUUUUUUAAAAUUUAUUUAUUUUUAUUAUAGCUUGGUAUUCUUUUAUAAGCUGAUGUGAUUUUAAAGCAGUAUCUCCUUAAAAUGUCAUAUAAUGGUUGCAAUCAAUAUACACUGGAUGCGUCCUGUAUUAGGCUUAAAUAUAUAUCUCCUAUCA